CCCUCCUCGACCUCACAGUCCUCAGGAUGAAGGCCAGAUCAUUUUUGACGUGGACAUGAGGAGGGACAGCCAGGAGGAAGUCAUGGAGAAGAUCAGAGAUGAUGACAUAUUAAUGAAGGAUUCAGACCGGGUCGCAGACUGGUCAAGUAGACCUGAGAAUAUUCCACCUAAGGAGUUUCAUUUCCGGCACCCGCGGCGUUCAGUGACUCUCAGCAUGAGGAAGACAGGAGCCAUGAAGAAAGGAGGGAUCUUCUCUUCUGAGUUCCUCAAAGUGUUUAUCCCCUCACUGCUUCUGUCCCACAUCCUGGUCCUGGGUCUCGGGGUCUAUAUCGGGAAAAGACUGACACCUUCACCUGCAAGCUCCAUUUGAACACCGAUCUGAUCAAGUGCCUCAGGCAUGGCCCAGGUGGAUUAGGGAGAAGGUUGCAGUUUGUACGAAGAAGCCCCCCGCUGCCCCCUUCUGCUCCUUUAAGUCCUGUCAGCAACAUUUCUCCCUUUUUUAGUAAUUCCUUUAAUUAGCCUUUCCAUGUUGAGAAGCAUAAGUGAUAAACUUCUCCUCAUUUCAGGCCCUUUUCUUUUUCCAGUUGUGAAUGUUCUAACACCCCCUUUGUAGUACUAUUUUAUUUUGGAAGUAUUUGGAGCAUUGCAUGAAACCAAAUUGCACACAUGCUAGCUCCACACUAGCUCGAUUCAGCUAGGAGGCAAAAAACAUCCCAUUUUGGUCCAAUCACAUGACCCAAAAGGUGAUAAAGAAUCCCCCUAGUUUUCACCCUCAAAAUGGAAUCAACCAAAAUAUAAGACUUAUUGAAGUUAUACGAGCAUGCCUGAGCGCUAGCUAAGAUUUUAUUUAUUUCUACAAAUGCUACCAAUUUAGUUCUUUUAUUGACUUCAAGGGCGGAACGCCAGGAUGAUGGACUUGGGAAGGAUAGGGCUCUCCGUAGACCCCAAACUCAUCUGUUGAGGAUGGAAAAUAUUUCAUCUCAUGAACAUAGAUUAAAAACCAGUCUGAUGGGGCUGACGGAUCCCAAUAUGAAAAAAAGAUUUGUUGUGUUGUUUUGUUAGUUCCCUUCACAUACAUAUCAGGACCUAGUGAUUUCUUACUAGGCGUCUACAACAUAACCUACUUUGCAAUACUGCACAAUUUACCAUUAGCAUUCAGAGCUGAGAGGAUCUUGCUAACAAGGACAGCGGCUUCAGUGUUUUGCCAUACUAUCUGUGUCAGACUUUCUGGAAAUGUUGUAGUACAAUCUCAUACUUCUCAGUCUCGUAUUUAUUUAUAGCAUCUCCAUGCUGUUAGCUUGAGGACAACAGUACAAGAGAAACCUUUCUUCAAUUUACAGGAAUAGCUCAU